CCGUGCGUUGCCCGUGCGUACCUCCGUGCGUUGGUGGCAGUAGCACCCCGGAGGAAAUCGCUGCACGCCCGGCCGUGCGUUGCCCGUGCGUACCUCCGUGCGUUGGUGGCAGUAGCACCCCGGAGGAAAUCGCUGCACGCCCGGCCGUGCGUUGCCCGUGCGUACCUCCGUGCGUUGGUGGCAGUAGCACCCCGGAGGAAAUCGCUGCACGCCCGGCCGUGCGUUGCCCGUGCGUCCCUCCGUGCGUUGGGGGCAGUAGCCUCCAUUGGGAAGGCAAGGUAUGCACGACCGUGCGUACCCCCUACGCACGCCGUGCGUGGACCCCUGGCACCCGAAACUUGAUUUUUUCGUCCCGUUCUUCUACGUUUGGACCCCCGGUUGAUUCCAAACAUUAGUAUGAACCUAAUAACCUCCUAAAGAUGUGUAAAAACAUUAGAAAAGGUAUCUUACAUGGUGUAUAAAUGUAGGAACAUUAAAAAUCAAUGGUAGGUGUGCGAGGAUCCUCAUCGAUACCGGGGCACAACGCUCAUUUGUGAGUGAGGCGUUCGCCGAGGGCCUUGACGUGCCAUUGACACCUGUGACACAAACGUUGCUAGUCUCCACACCGUUAGGAGACGACGUGGAGAGGAAUCAUUUCUAUCCGUCGUGUGAGGUAGAAGUGACGGGUCAACAUUUGACUUGUGAUUUCGUACCUCUAAGCAUGUUGGAGUUCGAUGCAAUCCUAGGAAUAGAUUGGCUCGAGAAACACCAUGCUCGAGUGGAUUGCUACACCAAGGUGUUGGAGCUCGAGGAUGAUCAAGGGAACACGCUAUGUUUUGAAGGAGAUCGGGGGAAGUCCCAUGCAUGUAUCAUAUCCGUGAUGAGAGCACGGAAGAUGAUGAGGAAGGGAUGCCACACAUACCUUGCCUACGUGGUGGACGAUACCAAGAAGGAAGUCGACAUCAAAGAUGUAUGGGUCGUAUGCAAAUACCCGGAUGUAUUUCCCAAAGACCUACCGGGGCUCCCACCCGAUAGAGAGAUAGAGUUUGUAAUUGAAGUGGAGCCGGGAACCAAACCCAUUUCGAUUCCUCCUUAUCGAAUGGCGCCGGCCGAACUCCAAGAGUUGAAGGUCCAACUACAAGAAUUACUGGACAACGGGUUCAUCAGACCCAGUCAUUCACCGUGGGGAGCACCCGUACUCUUCGUAAAGAAGAAAGAUGGUACGCUAAGAAUGUGUAUCGACUACCGACAAUCGAACAAGGUCACCAUCAAAAACAGGUAUCCCUUACCGAGGAUUGAUGACUUGUUCGAUCAACUUCGAGGGGCAAUAGUGUUCUCGAAAAUUGACUUGAGGUCGGGGUAUCAUCAGUUGAAGAUCAAGGAGAGUGACAUACCUAAGAGUGC